ACAUUAAUGAGGUAUUUAAAUUUGGCAUCUUAGACAAAGUUCCAAAAGUGAGUCAAAAUUUUGCCUUAUGAUUUAAGUAACGUAUAAAAAUUAGCUGGAGCCUCAUCUUUUAUUUAUAAAGCACAAAACUUGUCCUUGAAUUUUGCGUCAUCACAAUAUUACAAAGUUGGCUAAUUGUCGGUGCUGAACUCUGAAUUUGGAAAUAGUUGAUUCUUGAUUGAAAUCUAGAACUCUCUGAAGAUCAAUGUCAUCCGCUUUGCUAAGGAUUGUACUACUAGCUUUGCUCAUUUUCACAUUAUCCCCUCAAAGAUCAGAUGGGCAGCCGGGGAUGGAGUUGGUGGAAUGGUGCAUAGCAGAUCCACAGACCCCAGAUGAUGAGUUACAAAAGGCUAUUGAUUGGGCUUGCAAUCAGGGUGGUGCUGAUUGCAGUAAAAUACAAGCAAAUCAACCAUGUUACUUACCCAACACUGUCAAGGACCAUGCCUCUUAUGUAUUCAACGACUAUUAUCAGAAGUUUAAGCACCAAAGAGGAACUUGUUACUUCAGGGCUGCCGCCAUGGUUACUUCUCUUGAUCCAAGUCAUGGUUCUUGCAAGUUUGACUAUGUUCCUUAACAAAGCGGAGGAUGACUGUGAAUUAUAGAAUUAUAAACAAAAUCUGUACUCUUGGUGUUCUUUUUGUUGAUUUUGGAGUGCAAUUUUCUGUUUUCAUGAUUUUUUUUCUCUUUUUCAUAUUGUUUUUGCUACUUGUAAUUGUAAUUGCUGAAAAUGAAAUUCCCUUUGGACUCAAUAGUCCAAGUUUACUCAA